AUGUCCAACAAUUCGGUCAUUGCUGGAACCCUAGUUGCUGCAAUAGCAGCCAUGACAUAUUUACAAAACAACUAUCUUGGGUUUCCUGGUCCAUUUGCCUAUCCAAUAGUUGGAAAUGGCUUGGAUUUUGUUCAUCAAACCAACAAAGGAAAAUAUCAAGAUUAUAUUUGCAGCUUACAAAGCUAUGGUCGUGUGGUCCGUAUCAAUGUUUUUGGAGCUUCAUUGCUUGAUCUCUCUCUUUUCACUAUUCCGUCUGGAGAUGUCUGGAAACGCCAUAGAAAGAAUCUUCAGCCUGCAUUUGCCCCAACGCAUCUCCGUCAAGCAGGGAAUAUCACUCAAAAUCAAGCAGAUAAACUUGUUCGUUAUUAUAAUUCGGAAUCAUUGAAAAACGAUGGAAGUAUCACUGUAGACAUAUACCACGAGUUUACUGCUCUGAGUCUAGACAUUAUUGGUCAAGUGAUUUUCUCUUAUGAUUUUCAUGCUUGUAAUGAUCUUCAUGCUCACAAAGUUCAGGUGGGCCAAGGAUAUAUUGAAGAGCUGGUUAUGUUUAUUCAUCAGAGGUUCACUCUGCCAUCAAUCCUCUGGGGUAUGGCGGGCCUGAGUUCAAACUCGACGCGAGUCAAACUCGCCAGCACUUAUAUGAAAAAGCUUAUUCAGAAUGUAAUCGAUAAGAAAAAGUCGGAACUGAAGCAAAACGAUGAAAAGGACCCCAAGUGCAUGGAUGUUUUGGACAGACUUUUGAAAGUUGGUCCAAGUGAAUCGGAAAAUUUUACUGACGAGGAAGUUGUUGGUGAAGUUGUUGGCUUUUUUAUCGCUGGUCAUGAAACUACUGCGAAUACUCUGGUAAACACUACUCUUGAGCUCUGUCGCAAUCCUGAAAUCACGCGCAAAAUACUUGCCGAGAUUCAUCAAGUGGAAUCUACUCUUGGUCACCCAAUCAAUACCGAGUCGCUUUCAUCUCUCAAAUACCUGGAGAUGGUAAUCAAAGAAAGUCUGAGAAUGUACGCAGUUGUUGCAAGUACCUAUCGCACCACUCUCUGUCGUAUAGAGCACGAAGGAAAUGUUAUUCCAUCCAAUACCAAGUUUAUAGUGAAUAUUGGUGGAGUGCACCAUGAGCCAGUAUACUGGGAUAAACCAGAAAAGUUUGAUCCUGAUCGAUGGGCAGAUGGGUUUGUUCCCAUUCCAGGAUCUUACCUUCCAUUUGGUGAUGGUCCUAUGGCAUGUAUUGGACAAAAGAUGGCCAUGAUUGAAAUCAAGCUGGCACUCUGUGCUCUUUUGAGUUCAUUCGAUAUGGAAUUGGUUCCCAACCAAGAUAUUGUGUUUGUGACAAGUAUCACUACUGGGCUUAAGCAUGGUCUUAAAGUAAAGCUGACUCCUAGAUCUGCUGCUUCCGUUUAA